AGUUUUUUUUUUUUUUUAUUAUUAUUUUACUUGGAAAAGAAGAUCUGAGAACACUGAAAAAAAAAAUAUUGACAAUGAACAGCUUGUCCUUUGACGAGACAUCGCUGGACAAUUUGGAUCCUACUCUGACUCUAAACGAACCCAGUGAUAUUGACACAGCCCUCCUGAGCGAUAUAGAUGAUAUGCUACAGCUGAUCAACAACCAGGAUGUGGAGUUCCCUGGCUUGUUUGAUCACCAUCACUUUGGAGGGAAUGUGCCCACCCAGGAGACCACCCCUCCACCUGUCCUGCAUGCUCAGGGCUCCCUCGGCACAGUGAACGCACCUAUACUGAACGGGUACCUAGGCAGUACCAACAAGCAGACAGCAGCCCCCACUACUGCUGCUGCAACCAAGCUGUACCAGAGAACCCUCUCCCAGCCCCAACUCCAGCCCGAGCCAGCCUUCCAGCAUCCCCAGGCACCCAUAAUGAUGCCUGUACCCCCUGCCCAAGACCUCAGCCAGCAAGCUGUCAAACAGGAGCUCAAAAAACAGCAUCAGGGAGCGCCGUCGCAGACACAGAAACUUCUGCAACAACAACAGCAGCAGCAUCAACCCCAGAAAACACAUCAACCCCAGGAGCCACAGAUUCAGCAGGUCCCACCACCCACCAGCAUGAUGACCCCGCACUUCACAUCUCCCCCACAGUCCCAGUCACCAUUCACCCCCCAGCUGCAGCCACAGCCCACCAUCUGCUGCCAGAACCAGGGAGGCUUCAGCACGGUGCACCGGGGAGUCUCCGCCCAGCCACUCCCCUGCAUCUCCCCCUCCCCACAGCAGAUCCAGCCAAUGACCAUUCAGACUCAGGUCCAGAACAUCUCCCCUCCACAGCUAUUGGCCACGGCGGCCACUACUGCUUCCACCCAGCACGUCCCCACCCAGGUCCAGCAAGUCCCAGUGCUGCUUCAGCCCCAGUUCAUCCAGACGGACUCACUGCUCCUCACUGCUCUCAAGCCGGGUGGCAGCUCUGUGGUGACGGCGGUCAAGUCCCCGUGCGUCACUACGCUGGCCACCUCGACCACACCGGUGCAGACCACGUCUCUACAGGCUCUGAUGAGCGGAGGCACCAUUCUGACCACAUUGCCGCUGGUGAUGGACGCUGACAAACUGCCCAUCAACCGGAUCACAGUGAAUGGCAAGCCCUCCGGCAUGCCAAUCAAAGGGGAGAAACGCACAGCACACAAUGCCAUCGAGAAGCGCUACCGUUCCUCCAUCAACGACAAGAUCAUUGAGCUCAAAGACCUGGUCGUGGGAACAGAAGCAAAGCUGAACAAAUCGGCAGUUUUGAGGAAAACCAUCGAUUAUAUCCGGUUUCUGCAUCAGUCUAAUCAGAAGCUCAAACAGGAAAACAUGGCGCUGAAAAUGGCAACGCAGAAGAACAAGUCCCUGAAGGACCUGGUGGCUUCGGUAGGGGUCAGCAUGGAGGUUGAGGAGAUCAAGCCGGAGACCACGGAGUUGCCCACGCCCCCGGCCUCGGAUGCUGGCUCUCCCACCCACUGCAGCAGUGACUCGGAGCCCGACAGCCCCAUGUCGGAGGAUUCCAUGGCUAGUGUGAAGCAGGAGCUGGCCUCCCCCACAACCAUGGGCAUGCUGGACCGGUCCCGCAUGGCUCUGUGCAUGUUCGCCUUCCUCUUCCUGUCCUUCAACCCACUGGCUUCUCUGACAGGUGACUCAGGAGGCUACCGCUCUCUGGACAGCUCGGAUUACCAUGGCAGCGGGAGGAGCAUGCUGGGGCACUCCCUAGGGAAGUCCUCUGGUUGGCUGGAUUGGAUGCUGCCCACACUCUUCCUCUGGCUCAUCAAUGGCGUUCUGGUCCUUACUGUCUUUGUCAAGCUCUUCAUCUAUGGGGAGCCUGUGACACGUCUGCACUCAGGCUCCUCUGUUCUCUUUUGGAGACAUCGCAAACAAGCUGACCUGGACCUUGCCAGGGGUGACUUUGCUCAGGCUUCUCAGAACCUGUGGACGUGCCUGAAGGCCCUGGGCCGGCCCCAGCCCACCUCGCACCUGGACCUGGCCUGCAGUCUGAUGUGGUCGCUGGUGCGCCUGGUACUGCAGCGGCUGUGGGUGGGCUGCUGGCUGGCGGGGAUGGCGGGGGGGCUGCGGCGGGACCGCGAGCUGCAAGACGACGUGAGGAAGAGCAGCCGAGAUGCCGCCCUCGUCUACCACAGACUGCACCAGCUCCACAUGACAGGCAAGCUAGGUGGCAGUCACCUUGCAGCCAUCAACAUGGCUCUGAGCUCAGUGAACCUGGCAGAAUGUGCGGGGGACACCCUCUCCGUGGCAACGCUGUCCGAAAUUUACGUUUCGGCCGCGCUGCGCAUCAAAACCAGCCUGCCCAGGGGACUGCACUACAUGUCUCGGUUCUUCCUGAGCAGCGCCAGGCAGGCGUGCCUGUCUCCAAGCGGCACGGUGCCACCUGCCAUGCAGUGGCUGUGCCACCCUCUGGGUCACCGCUUUUUUGUGGAUGGGGACUGGGCGGUCCGCAGCACCCCACGCGAAAGUAUCUACAGCAUCGCUGGGAAUUCCGUUGACCCCCUAGCCCAAGUGACCCAGGCGUUCCGGGAGCACCUGCUGGAGAAAGCUCUGUACUGCAUCGCCAAGCCAGAGAACGAGAAGGCUCUCACUGAGGGAGAGGGGGAGUUUUCCGAUGCCCUGGAGUAUCUUCAGCUGCUUAAGGGCUGCUCGGAUGCAGCAGGAAUCACAACUCAGGCGUUCGCGAUCGGAUCAAACAUGGCAGCCGUUACUGGUACAGACCCCAUUGCAAAGUGGUGGGCAUCCAUGGUGGUGGUGGCAGUGAACUGGCUGCAGGGGGACGACGAGGCAGCUGAGCGACUCUACCCUAUGGUGGAGUACAUGCCAAAGGUCCUACACACUGAGAACUGUCUGCCCUGGGCGGCUUUGUUUGCGUUCAGAACAGUGCGCGCCCUGCUGGCCAAGCACAAGAACAACCAGCUGAGCCUGAAGUACUGCGAGAAGGCAAGCGGCUACCUGCGGGACAGCAUCAACAUGGUGCAGUGCAGCAGCAGCAUUGACAAGGCAGUGCAUCUUUUACUCUGUGACCUCCUGCUAUUGACCCGGACAAACAUGUGGCAGCAGCAGAGCCUGGCGCUGAGCAGCACUCCUCAGGCCUCACCACUGGAGCUGCGCGGCUUUCAGCAGGAUCUGAGCAGCCUGAGGAAGCUGGCACAGAGCUUCCGGCCCGCGUUGCGCAGGUUGUUCCUGCAUGAAGCUACAGCCCGGCUGAUGGCAGGUGCCAGUCCCACACGCACUCACCAGCUGUUGGACCGCAGCCUGCGGAGGAGGGCCACCCCCAGCUGCAAAGCAGGUGAGCCACGGCCGGGUCGGCGCGAGCAGGCGGAGGCGGUGCUGCUGGCCUGCCGAUACCUGCCUCCCUCCUUCCUGUCGGCUCCAGGGCAGCGCGCAGGCAUGCUGGCAGACGCGGCACGCACACUGGAGAGGCUGGGUGACAAGCGCACGCUGCACGACUGCCAGCAGAUGAUCAUCAAGCUGGGCAGCGGCACCACCGUCACCUCCACUUAGAGGACAUCCCCCAAAUAAAAACUGAAACUUCAAGCUUGGGCGAUAACCCAGGGGCAUCCAUUUUCACAGGCUCCCUCCCCCCUUCUAAUUUAAAGUGUUUUUUUUUUUUUAUUGAGGAGAGAUUUGACUGAUGUUGGAAAGGGAUUGUAGAUGUUUUAAACUCCUUGUUGAAGCUUUCAAAUUGUAUAAUUUUUUGCUUUUAUUUCCAGUUCUGUAGGGCUAUUUUCUCACUGGGGUUUGCUAUUUUAUACAUUGUAGCAUCUAAAGAGUGUGUCGAAAAUGUGUAUUUGACUUUCCCUUUGAGAACCUUGCUGCAAUUACAGUAUUUAGCCACCAUGUGGCACUGCAUGCUACAGUUAAGGAAAUAAAAACAGUUACAGUUAAGGAAAAUUAAAAGUGUUAAGCAUAUGUUAUUAAUUUCAAAGAGAGAGAUUGUGAUUUGUAUUUUUAAGGGAAGGAAGGUUUCACCUGGAAUCUGGUUUCUAGACCAUUCCACAGUGUUUCUUAUGCAAGUUGACUGAAAUGGGGAAAUUUGUUCAACACUGUAAUCUUAAGAUCAGGGAAAAAAAUCAAGAAAAAAAACAAACAUACAUUUUCUUAUCAAGCAUUAUUUUCAUAUGGUUUGAUACCUUUUAUUUGUAUAUAUAUAUAUAUAAUUUUCUAAGAAUGUUUGAAUGUGGCAGAAUUAUAUUUUGCAGAUGGAUUCUUUCUCUUCUUUUGCUAUUUAUUAGAGCUUACCUUUAGUUAAUAAUUACAUUUCGUUGUACGUUUGGGGUGCUGUAAACACAGGAAAGACUGAAAAACAAACAACAUUUCCAAUUGAACAUCAGUACUGUUGAAGCCUCUAAAAAGAGAUAUUUUGAAUGAAAAGGUAUACUUGCCAUAGCCCCUGUGUUGGACUAUCCUUACAGCUAUGUCUGGGUGUUGUCGAAGAAUGUGGACUCAUUCUGCUAGAUUUCACUUACUGUUACCAGCUUUACCUGUCACUGGGGUUUAGCUGGAAGACGGUUAUGAUUAUUUAAUCAGACCACAAUGGAUCCAUAAUUCCACUGAACACAAAGUGUCCUUGUUGUAAACCAACACAGCACUGCCCCUUGAAAAUGUCCAUAAAUCAAAACAGUUCCUGUGAUUAACACACCGCGGCUCCUGGGUCACAAAAUGUUGGGUCAGUUUUAAUUAAUUUAUGAAUUCAUUUGCUAACACUAGGUUAGAACGCUGUUGGCUUCUGAAUCACCAUUCUAGAGAUGUAUCAUGAAAUGAAUAACCAAACCUGUAAUUGGCCAAAGCAGAACAAUGGUCUUGAUAUGGGCUUGAGUUUUGUUACUAGGGCCUCAUUCUGUCAGCAGUAGACUGAAUUCAUAUACCUGCUAUAACAAAGGUUGCACUAUUCUGGAUAAAUAAGUUUGAAUAACUGUAUUUGUUAGCUUCCUGGGUCUUGUCCUAUUCUUACCACGUCUCCCACCACUGACAGCUCCGUGGGCAUGCAGUGGUAAAGACUGGCCAUCAGGGGGUGCUGUCUGAUUGGUAUUUUUGAGCCCUCUUCAAAGGUUGGCAAGUGUGAGAGCUGUUUUGUGCAUGGAAGAUGCAAGUGCCUGAUAUUGUGAGCCAGAGCUGUAGCUCCCUGGAAGUGCAACACGUCACUGUUGACUGUUCAUGUUCAAAAACCCUGUGCAUUCACUAUAGAGUUACCAUACUUUGCAUAAGAUAAGCAGGAGGGUGGGGGUGCAGAUCAUAAUUCAUACUAUGAAUUAAUUUCAUCCAUUUAAGUUUUUUUUUUUUUUUUUUUAUAACCAAGGAGUUUUGCACUUUUUCUUAAGCUAUUUUAUUUAAAUAGUCUAAUUAAAUGGAAAGCAAACACACAUCUGUCUAGUGUGGGUAGGUGUGUGUGUGUGUGUGUGGGUGUGGGUGUGUGGUGUGUUUUAUUUAUUGGGCAGAUGUCCAAUGGUCCAGCCAAGCACAAGCAGACAAUAACUUGCAUUACUGCCAUCAUGUUAAAGAGUAUUGCUUCUUGUAUUGUGUUCCUGUAUCAACAAAGCUCACCAGAUUUACUUAGAUCCCUCUUUCCUAUUAAUCAAGAUAUUUUUUUUUUUAACAUGCUAUUUCAUUGCACUUGGUUUUAAAUACAAAAAGGCACUUUUUAUUGUGGUUUAAUUAAACUGUAGUUCUAUAAUGUAUAUUUAAAAAAAAAAAUCUUUAUAAUUAUUUUUGACUAUGAACUGACUUGCUUCUUAUGAUUCUAUUGUUCAUUGAUGUAUUUGAGAAUGUAAAUACAAUUUUGUAACAAGCUGUUAAUAUUGAAUAUUGGUUACAAAAGACAAAAAAAAAAAAAGAAAACUUGACUGCCCGC